AAGCACAAAAAUGUAGUUGGUUCUCGUACGCCAAACCAUACGCAUCGCUCCGUGUGAGAACAAUUUUUUUAUAUUCGGUUUGGCAUUUUGUUCUUACUGUAAAAUAGCUGUAGUUAAUGUUAUAAAACUAGUGUGAAUUAAAAAUAAAUGGUGGCUUAUUCUAAUAAAACAUCAGCAGCAUAGACAACUGAAAAUCACACAUUAUGUUUGACGUUUUUGGCUCUGUUAAAGGGCUUCUGAAACUCGAUCAAGUAUGCAUCGACAACAAUAUAUUUCGUCUCCAUUACAAAGCAACCGUAGUCAUCUUGAUAGCGUUUUCGCUACUCGUUACAUCAAGACAAUAUAUUGGAGAUCCAAUUGAUUGCAUUGUAGAUGAAAUACCUUUGAAUGUGAUGGAUACAUAUUGCUGGAUUUACUCAACUUUUACCAUUCCAAAUCGUUUAACUGGAGUAGCUGGCAAAGACAUAGUUCAGCCCGGUGUUUCCAGUCAUGUCGACGGCCAUGAUGAAGUGAAAUAUCAUAAGUACUACCAGUGGGUCUGCUUCGUACUCUUUUUCCAAGCCAUGUUGUUUUAUGUUCCACGUUACCUUUGGAAAACUUGGGAAGCUGGUCGCAUCAAAAUGCUAGUAUUGGAUCUCAAUAUGCCGGUGGUCAAUGAUGAAUGCAAAGACGAGAGAAAAAAAAUUCUGGUAGAUUACUUCGUGGAAAAUAUAAAUCGGCAUAAUUUCUACGCAAUUAGGUUCUUCAUUUGUGAAGUUCUUAAUUUUGUAAAUGUACUUGGACAGAUUUAUUUCAUGGACUUCUUUCUCGACGGGGAAUUUUCCACCUAUGGUAGUGAUGUAGUACGUUUCACUGAAAUGGAACCUGAAGAAAGAGGGGAUCCGAUGGCCCGAGUAUUCCCAAAAGUAACGAAAUGUACUUUCCAUAAGUAUGGUCCAUCGGGAAGUGUGCAAAAGUUUGAUGGCCUUUGUGUGCUACCAUUAAAUAUCGUUAAUGAAAAAAUUUAUGUAUUUUUGUGGUUCUGGUUCAUCAUUUUAACCAUCUUAUCUGGUGCAUCGAUAUUAUACCGUUUUGCUGUAGUAUUUAUGCCAAAGGUGCGUCUGUACCUAUUGCGAGCAAGAUCUCGCCUCUCUUCUCAUGAAGAGGUAGAGUUAAUUUCAUCAAAAUGUCACCUGGGUGAUUGGUUCGUUUUAUAUCAACUUGGAAAAAACAUUGAUCCCCUGAUAUAUAAAGAAAUAAUAUCAGAUUUAUCCCUGAAGUUAGAGGGAAAAGAAAUGGUAUGAGUAUUCAAAGAAUACAGUGACUAACGAGUGGUGUUUCAUCGAUCAGGAAUUUAGACAUACAUGGAGAUCUCUACAGAAAGCAGCCUCAUCAGAAAAACGAAGAAGAAGAAGGAAAACCAACAUGACAGAUGCAUGGAAUUUUAACAACAGCGUGAACUACAAAGAGACAAAUUCGCAGGCAACUCUGAUAUUUCCUGGAUAUUUCUUUUGUAUACUUUGGAAUUCAUCUAACAUUUCUAUAAGUUUAGGAAAAUCACUGUUAAUUUUCAACAAUCUCCAGUAUCCUCAUUUGCCUGAUCAAGAGAUCCCCAUUACACACAAUCAUAAUUUUAAUGGAAUUUAUCAAUUACAGUCGUAAUGAACAUAUCAGUUUCACAUUCCUUGUCAUAAUACAACACUAUUCAAUCGAGUAUUGGAAAAAUCAAGGUUUGUAGUAAGAAAAAGUUCAAGUGUGUAGUAUACCAAGCUCCAGUAAUUUAUUUCAAUAAAAAGCCACAAAUUACUUUCUUAAGUAAUCAUUUUUGCCAAACAUUUCUAAACAAGAAAUAAAAUAACGAUUUAUGUUAUUAUUGAGCUUUGAAAUAAUGCAUUUAAAAUAUUGUUCAAUUCACAACGUUCAGAUGAGUUCAAUGCGCAAAAAAGAAAUUUAUAAACAGGAUAGUGAACUUGGCCACAAUUACAGAUAAAUCGAAAAAAAAAACGUCAUAAUCAAAAAAUUUUCAGAGUACUCUUCUAAUCAAAACAUUAGUUCUUUCACCAGUUACUCGUAAGCCACUCUAUCAUAACAAAAUAUAUUUGAGAACCACGUCGUAGUAAUAAUAAAAGGACAAAAGAUAUGCAUGAAAAUAACUGGUAUAAUUGGCAAAUCUCAAACAUUAUUUUAUACACAUACAUAAAAUUUCAUAUAACAAACCUUACAAUUCACAUUAAAAAAUCACGAAAGUCGAUGCAUUUUAAAACUAAGAUUUUAGAAAGCGCUAAGUAUUCAUUUUUAGAACGACUGUAUAAGUAGUAAAACAAAUAUGUGAUUCAAAGUUAAUAUCAUUAUACAAAAUGUUAAGUAAGAAAUUUUGCUUUUACAAAAGUUUAUAUUAAAUAGUUCACAAAAUUCGUGCCUUGUGUAAAUCAGGAUAUAUUAUUCGAAAUACAUAAUAUAAGUAUACUUGCAUACCUAUUUGAACUAAAUGCAUUAUGUGUGAGCGAUUCAAACCAUAAACAAGCAUAUAUUUUUGAUACUGAGCAAACAGUCCAUCGAUUUCUUAUUAUAAAAGAACAGUUUUUAGAUCAUAUUUUUGGAAGCAUUUUCAAAACUUUAGGUAGCGUAGAAGAUGAACAAUAAAAACAAAACAAUGGUAAAUAAAAUACGUUCUAUCUA